GAAGCACCAAUCGAUGGCAAUGCGCCACCACAGCGCGCUUGCCUGUAGCUCUUUGAAAAGACGCUUUCUUCUUGUGAGUGACUCUUCUGAACGAACCUCCAUCGGAAACUUUUCAGAUUUUUCUUCUACUCGUAGCUUCGAGCUGGUUCUCGCAGCAUUCACGCCUAUUCAACUCUAUCAUUCUAUAAUCUCAAAUCGCCGAUCGCAUUGCAAAUUCUCGCGCCCCCAAGAUGCGUCUCGUUUCGGUGAUCUCCUUUGCGCUCGCAAUCACUCAUGCUCGCGCCGGCGGCCUUGGCGAGGUGUUGGGUAUGGCAGGGAGAAAGGCAGAACAAGCAUCCUCCUCCUCGAGUCACACGACGCCCAUCCCGAUCGGUCAUCCUUCUCACUACGCAGAUACAAAAGGCCAAGUCUCUCACAUCUACGGUGGCCGCGCCCUUGGACCCAACUUUGCCGAAAGACGCGAAGGUAUACACUUUCCUGGCCAUAUCGAAGGUACCACGCAGCAAGGCACUCGCAUUGCAUUCUUUGCCAAACCAGGCAACCAUUUCAAGAUGAUUGGCGAGCAUACGAUGCUUGGAACUCACGGACCGGCCAAAGGUCGCGCGUAUGAGACUGGACCCAAUGGCGGCGUCUUCUUUGACGUGGCUCAUAAGGGCAAGGUGGUGGGAUCAUUUCAGGGCAUACCGGCAGACCGCAAAGGGCUCUACGAUCAAGCCACGAACCCGGUGCACGAACAGGGUCCUCAAGUCAGGCCGACGCGCGAAGAAGCUCGUAAAGCCAUCAAGAGCCUACGAACGAGAUCUCCAACCACCAUAAACCCUUCCAAAUAUGCGGAUCCGAUCAAAGAUCCUCAGGAGCUCUACGGAAGCGGAGGCGUCGGACCGAAUGCGCUGGAGCGCCGAAAGGGAAUGCAUCAUGAGAGCUAUGUAGAGGGCAGUUCGCGCAGAGCUUCCGUGAAGGCAUUCUUUGCCAAGCCGGGUCAGCAUUACGCGUCCAACGGCGAUGGGCAAAUGGUUCAGACGCACGGCGACAAUCCGGGACACGUUAUACAGCACGGACCUUCGGAUCACUUUUAUGAUGCAUCGCACAAGGGCAAACUCACUGGAUCUUUUCAGGGCGUCUCUCCAGAGCGCCACGGCAUAUACGAUCAAAAGGAGAAUCCCGUGCACGAGCUGGGCGUGGGCGUCAGACCGAAUCACUCGGAGGCUAAAAAGAUACUCGAUGGCGCAAAAGAUGGCGCAAAAUCAAGCAGCAGCUGCUUCGCCUCGCUCGCCGGUUGCGUCAGGAUAAAAAAGGACGCAUAGCGUGUCAUCCGAGCUCUUCCCCGACGCACGCAGUACGCCAUCUCGAACGCGCGCCGAAUGUCGUAGAUUGAGCUGCCCGCACGCAUUCCCUCGAGCGGGCGGUGCAUUUCAAGCUGAUGACAAUCG